UUUACUGUUGGGUUAAGUUGUGACUAAUAUGUUGUGUGGUACUUUUGCUUGAAUGUCUUAUGCGGUUUUUUAUUUUUUGCUCAUUGUAGUGAUCACAAAGCUCUUCACCCGUGCAUGCCGACAAAACUAAAUAUUUCUCCAAAGUUCGAAUCUUCUUAACCUAAAUAUCUAAAUCUAGAAACCCCAAUUGGAGUAGAUCUUGGUAAUACCACGCGAUCUGUGAUUCUGUUUUUCCCCUGAAUUUUAGGGGGAAAAUUGGGGUUUUGAACAAAUUUGGAAAAUGAGGCGAAGAGCAACAGAUUUUCGAAGGCCAGUGCGGAGAAGGGUUCCUGAUGCGUUGUGGUGGGCAUUGUGUUGUGCAGUGGUUCUUCUUUUUAUCUAUAUUCUUACCAAAGGGACUCAAAUUGAGUCUAGACCGGCUUUGUCCAAGAGAACUUACAAGAAUGACAGGAUUAUGGAAGGCCUUAAUAUUACCGAUGAGAUGUUAAGUUCGGACUCAGUGACCAGACAACUUAAUGAUCAGAUAUCCUUAGCAAAAGCUUUUGUUGUAAUUGCAAAAGAAAGUAACAAUCUCCAAUUUGCUUGGGAACUAAGCGCUCAGAUCCGCAACUCGCAGAUUCUCCUCUCAAAUGCUGCCACUAGGCGUUCUCCUUUAACAACAAGAGAAUCGGAAAGUGCAAUCCAUGACAUGGCAUUGUUAUUAUACCAGGCACAACAACUCCAUUAUGACAGUGCAACCAUGAUCAUGAGAUUCAAAGCAAAAAUCCAAGCCCUUGAAGAACAGAUGAAUUCAGUAACUGAAAAGAGUUCAAAAUAUGGACAAAUAGCGGCUGAAGAAGUCCCAAAAAGCUUAUACUGUCUUGGUGUCCGGUUGACAACAGAAUGGUUCAAAAACCUUAAUUUGCAAAAGAAAUUGAAGGACAAAAGGCAAGUGGAGAUGAAAAUUAAGGAUAAAAAUCUUUACCAUUUUUGCGUGUUCUCUGACAACAUUAUUGCAACUUCGGUCGUGGUCAAUUCAACUGCAAAAAAUUCUAAGAAUCCCAAUAUGAUUGUUUUUCACCUUGUCACUGAUGAAAUAAAUUAUGCCGCGAUGAAGGCGUGGUUUGCCAUGAACGAUUUCCGUGGGGUGACUGUGGAAGUUCAGAAGUAUGAAGACUUCACUUGGUUAAAUGCUUCGUAUGUUCCUGUGCUUAAGCAACUUCAAGACUCGGAAAUACAAAGCUACUACUUUUCUGGAAACAGUGAUGAUGGAAAGACACCUAUCAAGUUUCGUAACCCUAAAUAUCUGUCAAUGCUUAAUCACCUGAGGUUCUAUAUCCCUGAAGUUUUUCCCGCAUUGAAGAAGAUCGUUUUCCUGGACGAUGAUGUCGUUGUUCAAAAGGAUCUUUCUGAUCUUUUUUCAAUUGAUUUGAAUGGGAAUGUUAACGGAGCUGUUGAGACAUGCAUGGAGACAUUUCAUAGAUACCAUAAAUACUUGAACUAUUCUCAUCCUCUUAUAAGAGCACAUUUUGAUCCUGAUGCAUGUGGAUGGGCAUUCGGGAUGAAUGUAUUUGAUUUGGUUGAAUGGAGAAAAAAGAAUGUAACCGGCAUCUACCACUAUUGGCAGGAAAAGAAUGUAGAUCGGACGCUGUGGAAACUCGGUACCUUGCCACCUGGACUGUUAACAUUUUACGGAUUAACUGAGCCCUUGGAUCCAUCGUGGCAUGUACUGGGUUUUGGCUACACAAACGUUGAUCCUCAGUUGAUAGAGAGAGGGGCUGUACUCCACUUCAAUGGGAACUCCAAACCUUGGUUGAAGAUUGGGAUUGAAAAGUACAAGCCCUUAUGGGAAAAACAUAUUGAUUACUCUCAUCCCUUAUUGCAGCAAUGCAAUUUUCAUUGAUUAUGAAUUGGAACAUCUAGUUCAAACCUUGGUGUAAGAUUUGGAUUCACACAAGCAGUAGUUCCAGUUGGUGUGUAUGGGAAUACAUUAUUGACCAUUCCAAUCCUCUAUUGCAAGUGAAUGGUCCUUUGAAGCAAAAGCCAAUUAAGGUAUUUUUUGUAGUAAAAAAAUGCUUUUACAAUUUUAAAAGGUCAAGCAUAUUCGACAGGCUAUAACACGGUGUCUUCGUUGAUUUCGGAACUUCGCUUGUAGCAUAUAGAUGUUCAUUUCUAUUAGACAAUAUCAGUUCAUAGUUUCUUCUUUGUGAUUUUAGUCAGAGUUGAGAUCUGCUGUAAACUCUUUAUUGUCCACAAGUACAACUAUUGUUCUUUGCAAAGACCAGAUGCACUGUUAGUUAGAUACUAAAAAGAAACUCUGAUUAGAGUUUUAUGGUUCUUUCCUGUAUCAAAACUAUCUUGCUUAUUUAUUUUCUAAUCAGAGACUUAAUAUCCUUUUUGUUUCUCUCAA